UGGGAUCUUCUGUUUGGGCUAGCUUGACGGCGUCCGCUGUAAGAGUGGAUGGAGGUGAAAUAUCUCGCUGGAAAUACUUCUGCAGCGGACAGUCUGGGGUGUCAAUUACACUGCGUUAGCAUGUCAGCAUGUGCGGUGUCUUUUUGACGGCGAAGAGGCACCGUUUCCACGAUGGCGACCACCGAAAUACAGGCCAGUCUGAAAACUUGAGAAAAGUUUGAGCACGGAGCAGGAGUCUUUUUCUGAGACUUUCCCUGUUGUCAUUAGCGUUAUAAAAAAAAAGAAAGGAAAGAAAAGAAAGAAAGUAAACCAACAUGGCACACUCAACUUUCGUUUCGUUUUGGGCAUUUGUUUUUAGUCUAUACUUCGGUGUGUCCAAGUGUUACUUUUCCAUACCGCUCAGAAUAUACCCAGGGAAGUAUAACGUCUCCUCGGAUGUUAAUCUGACGUCUCUUCAGCGAAUAGCGUUAAAGCCAGAUGGAAAGGGCCUCUCUCUGGCCUCUGAUCCCACCGGUACCGUGAACUUUCUGGACAUGGUAAAUAACUUGCAAGGAGACUCUGGGAGAGGCUACUACAUAGAAAUGUCAAUUGGUACUCCUGGUCAAAAGCUGAACAUCCUGGUGGAUACAGGCAGCAGUAACUUUGCCGUGGCCGCAGCUCCACACCCAUUUAUUACUCACUACUUCAACACUGCACUUUCCAGUACCUACCGUUCAAGCAGUCGUACUGUAGCUGUAAAGUACACCCAAGGCAACUGGGAAGGUGAACUGGGAAUCGACCGCGUCUCCAUUCCCAAAGGCCCAAACGGGACCAUCACAAACAACAUUGCUGCCAUCCUGUCUUCUGAUGGCUUCUUCCUCCCUGGGAUCAACUGGCAGGGCAUCCUGGGACUGGCCUAUCCUGUGCUGGCACGGCCUGACUCAUCUGUGGAGCCCUUCUUCAACUCUGUGGUGCAACAGCUGAGGAUUCCUGACAUCUUUUCCCUCCAGAUGUGUGGUGCUGGACUGUCAGCCAGCAGCACAGCAGACCCUUUGGGUGGUAGUCUUAUAAUGGGUGGGGCUGAACCAACUCUGUUUCGAGGCUCAGUGUGGUACACCCCUAUAGUAGAAGAGUGGUACUACCAAGUGGAGGUUUUGAAGCUGGAGGUGGGAGACCAGAAUCUGAAUCUGGACUGCAGAGAGUAUAACAUGGAUAAAGCUAUAGUUGACAGUGGGACGACGCUGCUGCGACUUCCUGUCAACGUCUUCAAUGCAUUGGUAGAAGCCAUCACACGCAGCUCUCUGAUCCAGGAGUUUUCUUCAGGAUUCUGGGAUGGCACCAAGCUAGCAUGCUGGAUGAAGGGAGAGAACCCCUGGAGGUUUUUCCCUAAGCUGUCCAUCUACCUGAGGGCCACAAACACCAGCCAGUCUUUUCGCAUCACCAUUCUGCCUCAGCUUUACAUCCAGCCAGUCACAGAUGUGGACGGCACUCUGGACUGCUUCCGUUUCGGAGUGUCAUCAUCAACAAACGGCCUCGUGAUCGGCGCUACUGUUAUGGAAGGCUUCUACGUAGUGUUUGACCGCGCUCAGCGGAGACUGGGCUUCGCACUCAGCAACUGUGCAGUAAGCAGCGGGGUGGCUCUGUCAGAGAUCGAGGGACCCUUCUCUGCAGCAGACGUGGCGGCCAACUGCUCUGGCGGCCCACUGAAGGAGACUUUUGUGUGGAUGAUAUCUUACGCCUUGAUGGCAGUCUGUGCGGCAGUCCUCGUCAUCCUGCUGCUCAUGCUGAUCCUGCCCUGCAGGCGGAGAAACCGGUCCGGCGAGAUCACGGACGAGUCCUCGCUGGUCCGACACCGCAUCAAAUGACUGAGAGGGAAAAGGCGGGCGAACGGACAGUCGGACAGCGAGCAGAGCGCGUCCACAAGGGGCUGCACCGGGGCAACCUGCCCCGACCAAUGACGCUUAGCUUAAAGUCUGACUGACUUUUAGACUGUACUCAUCAGCUUGGCCCACAGAGACAGACGCACAGACUGAUCGACUGCCUCUUAAAGGGAAAAAUCCAUCCCCAAAACAAUUCUUAAAACAGGUGUUGGUCAUGAAUGUGUGUUGUUUGGUUGUUCCUCCCUCUUAUUGUCACUGAUAAUUUGCUAAUGUUAUACUUCUGUUGCCUAAAUCCAUCAACACAGCAUCGAUGGAGGCACUCACAUCAGAUCCAGGCUCGUUCUCCUCAUAGCUGCAGAAGAUAUUCUGAGAAAUGUAGGGCUUCGCUAGAAGAUGAACAAAACUAUUAAUAAUUACAAAAUAACUCCUGAAACACAUGAAACAUCCCAGCAGCAAUAAAUAUUAGAAGAACAGUUCAGUGGUGCAGACAAUUACAGGACAUCCAGAAGGAAGGAUAAUAAAUGGUACACUGGCAUCCUCUCCGUGCAGACAGUGUUUUCUAGGUUUCUAAGCCUCAUAAACCUGAUCAAACGUGCCUUUGCAGCUGAGAAUCUGAAACCUGAAGUUUUUUUUUUUUUUAAUCUAACGCCAACAAUAUGAUGUUUGUAGAGCCUUCCUCUAUUUUGAUGUUUUCCACUCAUCUGUGGAAUAAAAUUAUAAACUGCAGAUAUUAAAGUUGAGGGGGAAAAGCUGCUCACUGUUAAUAUGAAUAUGAAAAGAUGCACACGUGUUUACAGUGCCUGUAGUGCCUUUUUGGUCUCAGAUCUCUACUAGAACAGGAUCAGCAGUUUGGGACUCAUUCUGCUGAGUUGCACUUUGUUUCUAAAGUUAAUCAAAGUGUUAUAAAGCAACAGAUCAUUAUCUCUCCAUCUGUAAUGCAAUUUAUUGUAUUAAUGUAGUUUUACCAAUUCUGUAUCCACUCAGCUUUAUAUUUAAGUCUCUUUGAAUAUGAUUGUAUUUUUAUUAUUACUGUUAUUAUUAUUAUUAUUCCAAAUCUUUGCUUCCUUAGACUACAUUUCAAAGGGUAUUCAUACUGCACAUUUUAUAUAAUUAAAAUUAAAAGUCACCUGUGGGCUUCAGUUAACUUUCUAGCAAAUCAGACGUUCCUGUUAGCAAUAAUUUAAAAAAUCGACUUGUUGAAUGUCAUUUUGCAGUCUCUUCACAUUAGUGACAUAAAGUCCACGGGAGACGCUCCUCUGCAGUUCACUCACCCUCAGAUUUGUUCAUUUUGACAAAAAAAUAUGAGCCUUCUGUAAUCUGACCCAAGCUGCACUCAUUUGUGAAAUUGUUGAAUUGAAGGUACACUUGAAUCUUAAACUGCUCGCUUAUUUAUGACUGUAUUUUUUUUCUGUGCCAUAAUUGUAUUUGGGUUGUAAAUAAAAGAACUUGUUACAAA